GUGAGUUCAACCCAAAAAAAUCCAGUGGGUUUUAUUGGGUUGGAUCCACUUGGUCAAACCCUGGGUUUUAGCCAUCGGUCAGACACCUUUGGUAGUGCUAAUGCCGGCGAUACUCCACACGGUUUGGUGUACGAGAGCGUCGGUGUCUUCUGUCCGAAUGAUCGACUAGACCUGCUUCGCCUUCUCCGAGAGGAGAACAUUCUAAUAGAUUGGUCGAGACCUUUGUACAUUAAUUUCGUUCACUCCGAUAUUGCUGAGGAAUUAACGCGUCUUUACGAAAGUACCGGCACUAUCGAGACAGUGGUAGGCGAUGUCUGCGCGUGCGAGCACUUUAAACAGGAAAAGGAGAGUCAACAAGUGGACAACGAGUCCGACUCUGAUGUCCAGGUGCGGCCUCUUAAAGCCGAACAUGCCGAGGGAAUCCACGAAUUGUAUCCAGCUAAUGACAUGGAAUGUCCCGAGGUUUUUCUUCGACUUAUCAGGACUCUAUCUGCGGCGGGAGUGUUCGUGAAGGAUAGCUUGGCCGCUUGGAUGGUUCAAUCUUAUUACGGAGCUAUGUUCUCCAUGCAGACCAAGCCAGAAUAUCGAAGAAAGGGUUAUGGGACAAAGUUAGCAAGGUACCUGACAAAACGCGUAGCCGAAAAAGGGUAUUAUCCGUUUGUAGUUAUACGUCCAGAAAAUGAAGCUAGUCAAAGCUUGUACAAGAAGCUGGGUUUUAGACGGCUUUAUCAACUCGUUCGAAUGAUUUUUAUGCCUUUUACGUGGCCAGAGAGCGAAAACGAUGCAAAUAUUCUUAGGGAUAAUUUGGAAAACGCCGUGAAACAGCUCACAAUCGAACAGAGAGUAAUAACAGCGUUGCACGGUCAGGAGGAGAGCGAAGAAACGAUACGAGAUCCCGCGGGAAUUACAGAAGACGAGUCGAUUGUCGACAAGUCCGAAAGGGGAGAAAAAGUCGAGGAACAAUUUCUCGAAAUCAUUGAUGAACAGUCUGCAGAGAGGAUAUACGUUAUGGAGAAUAAUGCGGACGAUACAACAAACAAUGAUGUGCCAGAAGUUGUGGAAGUUAACGGAUCUUGCAACUGCGAAACGGAUGCUGGAGGUGGCGACGAAUAAG